AUACUGCAGUAAACUUAAAGCACGAUUUUUGUUACCAAAAUGUCACACGAAGCCAAACGAGCUAGAAAAGGAUGGCACAUUCCCAUGUCGGCAAUGGCCGAGAACACCUUUAACCCCAUAAGGAGCAUCGUGGACACGAUGAAGAUUGAGCCGCAUCCGGACAAGCCGAUGAUUGCACUGUCCAUUGGUGACCCUACCACAUUUGGUAAUCUUCCUAUGGCUGAGAAUAUUGAGGAGGCAAUCAUCACUAGCUUAAAACAGAGGAAAUACAAUGGCUACGCGCCUUCAGUUGGUUUUGAAUUUGCCCGCCAGGCAGUUGCAGACUAUGUGUCCACCCCUACAGAGAAAGUUGAAGCGAAGGAUGUUGUAUUGGCUAGUGGGGGCUCAGGUGCUUUGGAUUUAUGCAUUUCCUGCCUCGCAGAACCUGGUCAGAACAUUCUCAUCCCCUGUCCUGGCUUUUCUCUGUACAAGACUCUGGCCGUUUCACUGGGAAUAGAAGUUCGACUCUACGACCUUCUGCCUUCAAAGUCUUGGGAAGUUGACAUUGACCACCUGGAAAGUUUGAUAGACGAGAAAACUAAAGCUGUGGUCAUCUGCAGUCCAUCCAACCCAUGUGGGUCAGCAUACUCCAAAGAGCAUUUGCUGGAGAUUAUAGAUACAAUGGAAAGGCACAGAAUCCCUAUCAUAGCUGAUGAAAUCUAUGAGCAUUUUGUUUUUAAUGGCCAGUCUUAUCAUUCUGUAGCAUCAUUAUCUAAAAAUGUUCCAGUUCUUUCCUGCAGUGGACUUACUAAAAGAUUUCUGGUUCCUGGGUGGAGGAUGGGAUGGAUUGUCAUUCAUGAUAGACAUGAUGCAUUUGAACAUGUGAGAAAAGGCCUGGUCAAGCUGUCACAGAGAAUUCUGGGACCAAAUACAUUAGUUCAAGCUGCCUUGCCAGAAAUUCUCAAAAACACACCUAAAUCAUUUUUUGAAGAAACAUUGCAAUAUGUUGAGAAAAAUGCAAAAUUGUUCUAUGAGAAGCUGAAUACAGUAAAUGGAUUACACCCUGUCAUGCCACAAGGAGCUAUGUAUAUGAUGGUGGGGAUUGACAUGGAACAUUUCCCUGAAUUCAAAUCGGAUGUGGAAUUUACUCAGCGACUCAUCACAGAGCAAAGUGUUUUCUGCUUGCCUGCAACAUGCUUUGAGUACCCGAAUUUCUUUAGAAUCGUGCUCACCGUGCCCACAGAAAAAGCCUCAGAAGCCUGCGACAGAAUUCGGGCCUUCUGUGAUGAGCAUUACCACCCCCUCUGUGCAGGAACAAACCUAAAAGAAGGAAUUUCUAAUGGUCAUUCUGUGAUAGGUUCUGUAUAUAAAAAUGGCAACUGUCUAGCCAAUGGAAAUGGGGUGCCUUGUCAGGACACUGAGAUUAUUUAUAAGAGUGUCAAUGGGAAUGGGUGUAUAAAUGGGAAUGGCAUUGCUCCAAGGAUUGAAAAAAGUCAUUAAUAGACAAUUUCACUGUUUUAAAUUAUAAGAUCUGAUAUAUAUAUACACAUAUAUACAUACUUAUGUACAUAUAUAUACACAUAUUUACAUAUAUAAACAAAUAAGUAUAUAUAUAUAUAUAUAUAUAUAUAUAUAUAUAUAUAUAUAUAUAUAUAUAUAUAUAUAUAUAUAUAUAUAUAUGUAUAUAUAUAUAUAUGUAUAUAUAUAGAGUAAGUUUAUUCCAUUCCACACUGCUUGAAUUUAUACAAAUAAUCAUGCUAAAUUUAUUUUUGAAUCUCAAAGUUGUUGACAAAUAGUUAAUCUAGAAAUUUUUCAAUGUAUGGCCCAUGUAAUUUUUUUGUAAAUAAAAUAAACCAAGUUGUAGCCUUCCAUUUGGAAAAGCAAAAUAAUGUCAAAUCAUUGCUACUCACUGUGGUACUAUUAAUUCAUACCAUUGUUAAGUGAUUGAUUUUAAUUUUUCUGUUGGUAGAUUUUUAACAGAAAUAUAAUUUGAUUUUAGUACUUAUGAUGGAUUUCUGAGGUUUUUUUUUUUUAAAACUUCACAGAUAUAAAUUUACCUUCUAUUUUAAGCUAGUUUGUUUUUACCCCUGCUUACCCAAAUGUUGAUUAGCUUGCAAAAUUUAAAUGUAUUAACAUUAAAAAGAAAGAUAUUUUUUCAAGUUAUAGGUUUAAAAGAAAAGUUUGAUUCUGGGUUUUUUGGUUUUGAGCAUAUUAAAUAUAGUUUUUAGAAUGCACUUCUUUAUAAGAAACAUAGUAAAGAUAGAUUAUACUAGCUUUUAUCUUUUACAUAUAGACCCAGCAGAAGCAUUAGUUAGUACUUGCAUUCAAAUACUUUUUUGAAUGAACCACUAGUUAGUGCUAUGUAUAAAUGUAUAUUUUUGAUGUGCAAGGUUUUUCAUUGCUACUGGCAUUUAGUUUUUAUUUAACCAUGCUUCAGUAUUUACGGUUUCCCCUUGAAAAGGGCAAGCCUGGAAUACCUGUGAAAUGUUUUCCUGAACUUGUUUUAAUUUUUAAAAGCUUCAACUGUGUUUAAUUACAACUUGAUUGGUAGAGAGUUUUCUCUCUUUUAAACAUCAAACUUACAUAGUUGAUCCCGGUUGUGUAUAUUGACAUUGUGUAUAUUGACAUCGUGACGGCCUUUUUUGUUUUUGGCCUUUUUGUUUGAAACAUAUUGUCAGUUGACAACAAUGGCUCAAGAUUAUUUAUGCAACAAUGACAUUUUUAUUAGAAGGAAAUAAAGGUGUAAAUAAAGUUAA